CUCUGACAGGCUAUGCAUAUCACCCAGCUCAAUCGGGAAUGCCUUUUACAUCUAUUUUCUUUUCUGGACAAAAACAGUAGGAAAAGUUUAGCAAAAACAUGUCACAAGUUGCUAGAAGUGUUCCAGGAUCCGGUACUGUGGUCUCUGUUGAACUUUCAUUCUCCAGUGGAACUAAAGAAGGAUAAUUUCCUCUUGGGACCUGCUUUAAAAUACUUAUCCAUCUGCUGGUAUUCAGAGAGAGUCAAGGUGUGUAACAUUGAGGACUGGAUGAAAAACAAUUUCCAGAAAGACUUCUGUAACAGGCAUGAGAACACUGUCACUGACUUUUUACUAGAAGUUUGCAACAGAUGUCCAAACCUGCUAUCUCUGACCCUCUCGGGCUGUGGCCAUGUUACAGACGACUGCAUCCUGCUGCUUCUCAAGAACUGCACAAACCUCAGGACACUCAAACUGGAAAACUGUGUGCGGAUCACUGACCAGACCCUGGAAGCAGUAACCCUCUAUGGGAGCUCACUGCAAACGCUCCACGUGGAUUUUUGCCGGAACAUAACACAAACUGGUCUAGAGAGAGUCAGGGAAAAGUGCCCUUCAGUAACGCUGAGAGCGGAGAGGAGUGCUAAUAUGAUUCCAGACAAUAAGCCAGGAAAAAAGUUGAUGCUUGAAAAAGCAUCAAGAAAAUUGGUUCAGCUUUAAGUGCAACAAAUUGUGGAACAUGUGUCAUCAGUCAGUGUGGGUAUUUGACUUCACUGCUACCCUCCUCUGGGGUAGCAGUGCUUCACUGACCUGUGGCUGCCUUCUUGCACUCUGGCCUGAGUCCAAACAAAGGCUGCAUCUGCUCUGUAAAGGCUGCCCUGGAAAAAGGCAUGCAUGGCCACCGGGACAGUCUUAAGGAAAAAACCUGUUUGCUUUCUCAUAUUCUUUGGAACUGGAACCCCUGCAUUACUGUCUCAAAAUGCCAGACCUGAUUAAGGCCAAAACCUGCAAUUUUGAUACCCUCUUGCCACAGAUGAGUGGAAUGCACCUCACUCGGAGGAGAGCAGCAGCGGUAUGUUUUAUAAGAUAAAACAAUAAUGGGACAGAGCUCAAUAAACCCAAUGGAACAUAACAAAGUUUAACAGUGGUUUGACAAGGUUCAGUUAAGUUUAAUGGCAAAGGUCACCUUAUUAAUCACUGCAUGGAAGAAACAUAAAAAGGCAAGUUGAGUUUGACUCGAGUUAGAAUGAGUGAGAGAGAGCCUGGAGACACAGAGAGUAAGGAGGACACUCCUGCUAAGUCCCGAGGGUAAGAAGGAACCCCCUUGCUUUCUAAGCUCCUUAGGUAAUGGGAAAGGGCAUAAAGCUGCAGUAGAUAGAGUAUGGGUAACUGUAUGACUUACAGAGAUUUCAGGGAAGGAGUGAUUAACCAAUUUCUGUUGAAAGAUACAGACAUCCCACCCGCGCAGGGUGAGAACCAUGCCAGCCAAGAUCUUUCUAGCAAAAGCAGACCAGCUGACAACCAUCACCUCCUCAGCGAUCAAUGUCUGUAGCUGAUGUGCCAGGCUUAUUUAUUAAAUGAAGGCUGCAUUGCAAUGCACACAAAACACAGGCUGAGUCUUUGCGUUAUGUACUUUGACCAGAUAUGCCAGGUUAUUUUUUGGAAGUUAACAUUAAAGGAAGCAUGCUACAAACAAAAUGCUAGUUCACAGAACUUACCUCCAGGACAAGACAGCAACUUACAGCCUGUAGCUUUAAAUGCUAAAUGAGGAACACCCUGCAGUACAGAGCUCUAUAAACACCCGUUUCUCACUGCAAAGUACAAAACCAACAGCCAUCUUAUCCCAAACCACAGGGCUGUCCCUUUCCUGCAUGCUGCUCUGAUGGGUGAAACAUUUUUUUAUGAAGGGUUCCUAUGGCAUUGCCUACAAAAUCUGACACCAAAGGUUGACUGGUUUAUUCUGCUAUAUAAAGCCUGUUUUGAAACCACACACUGGGAUUUGGUCCUGGUAGCGAGUGGUGGGAUUGGGAACACCCUGUUCCAAGACUUGAGGCACGUACAGCUUUGCUUGAACAAAAACAAAUGUUACUGUGUCAGCUGUGCUGCAGGUACCUGUCAGCAGUUCUAGCUGUUGAGUCUGGCUCAGUAUCAUACAGAACAAUCAGUGUGAUAUGCUAGUGUGUAUUACUCAGGUUCUUGCCUGAACUCCUGCAUGCUUUUUUCCAAAGCAGCCCGUCUCCUCCCCUGCGCUUUAUUGUGGGGGCACAUCCUCAAAUUCUGCUUUCCAUUAUUUUCCAUUUUGUUUACCAAUUCUGACAUGAAUUCAGAAUUCUGACUCCUGGAGGGCACACCAUAAUCUAGAAUCCUGCCCAUUCUUGCUGACUCUGCAGCUCAACUUGUAUUUACCUUAAAUUUCUCUCCCAUUCAACACAAGCCACCAAAGAGCUUUACGGUUACAAAGAAUGACAGAUGGAUAACUCAGGCUAUGGAGAGCUUAGUGCCCUGGAGGACCAGGUCUCAGUUCAGCUUAGACAUCAAACAGAACGCUGCACACAGACCAGGCUGACACACUCUAAGGAAACUAACAGUUCCAGCUGAAAUCACAACAAAGUCUACAGCAGUUGAGAUUUCAUUUUAAAUUCAAACCUUACACAGAGUAGAAAUACCUGAGUGUGUGUCUCCUUAAAAUUAAAGCAAAUUUAGAAAUAGUAACUUUUGGAAAUACUGUUCUGUCCCAUAGAGUCAGCCUUCCUGUUCCAGUACACAACAAUCACCCAGCACCUGGUCACUACAGCACUCUCUGUGCACAUACCACAGCAAGCCUCUUUCUCCUUGACAUGAGGGGCUCUGCAGUUACUGACAAUCUUCCUGCACUGGUCAGAACACAGAUGGAAUCUGCUAGUUACAGACAUGUAAACUGGAACUUUUAUAGCUGGAAUUCAAGUAUAUCAAGGCUAUCAAGAAUUCAAAUAACCUGAUGGCUCUGUUGCAUUUUAACAAUUGUAUCUACACAUAUAGCUUUGCAGACUUACUAGGUGUCUGCAUUUUUAUCUUUUAUGUAACUGGAAGACCACAAGAGCUAGCUUUUCCUCUAAGAAAUGGAAUUUGUGACUUCUUAAAUUGCUACUUAACAACUUAUUAAAGUUUGCUACAAAUAUCUGACCUGAUACAUGUUUUUCUUCACAUUUAGAGAACAGUGUGACUGUAGCACCUCUUUGCUAAACAAAAAAGAAUGUAUGACAAAUUACUGUUGAAGUAGAGCAUACUUU